UGAGUUCUCUACAGCCUCACCAUCACAACAAAUAAUACAAGUUUAGUCAUCUCCACUCUCCUAUUUUGCCCAGAAACGUCCUCGGCCACUAAAAUUCUAAACGGAAGGGUCGGCUGAAUUAGGACUGAUUAUGGGGAUGUUUCGCCUCUUAAAUAAUUGGCAGCAGCAGCGGUCAGGACACCCUUCAAAGUCUUUGGAACAUUAGUAAAGACGCAUGAAUGAACUGGUAUUGUUGACCUGCCAAGUGGACAGCCAGAAAAAUAUCACAUCUACUAAAAGUCAUUCUUGGAAUAUUAAGGACAAUACACGCAUUUUAAAACGCAGUUAAACAACAUCAUGAGCGAAACAAGCAAUGGGACGGGUGGGGGGAGCAUUGGAGGAGAUUCGGAUUCUUCAUUCACAGAAAGUACAAAAGUUUGUCGCGAUUUUAUGCGCAAUGUUUGCCAACGCCCGAAUUGUAGAUUUCUACAUCCCGAGAACAUUAAAGUUCGGACGGAUCCAAUCUUUUGUCAUGAUUUCCAACAGGGAAAAUGCUAUCGUGUAACUUGCAAGUUCAUCCACUGUACGAAGGAGGAUGAAGAUCACUACAGGAAAACCGGUGAACUUCAGGGAGUGUCUGAUCCAGAAGAAAAAGUCAGGAGGAAUGGGAGCAGCAACAGCGUUGGUAGUGGGGGGAACAAUCAUAAUUAUAAUAACGUCAAUGGUGGAACUUCCCGUGGGAGUAGAAAUAAUAAAACACCAACCCGUGCCGAGAGAGAUGUGGUUGAAAAUGAUUUGCCGAUUUGUAAGGACUUUCUCAAAGGGAUGUGUGAUCGGGGACCGAGAGGGUGCAAAUAUCGUCACGUUCUUCCCAGAGGAGGGGGACCUUCGCCUCAAAACGCGUCACCAACUUAUGGUCCCCCUGUAAUAGUUCGAGGUCGCGGUGGGGUACGCAUGAUGAUGGCUCCAGUUGUUACACCCAGGAGAAAAGGCAUCCGGUCAAGUUCAGAGCUUUACGACGAUGGCCCAGAGCCUAAACGCUUUCACCAAAUUACCGAGUACUACGAAGAGGAAGAAGUAGAAGAGGAAUUGUAUGAGCUGGAAUUGGACCCAAUGAUUCCUCCUCCACCCCCACCAAGGGGUAUGCUAGCUCCGCAUAAUCAAGGAGGAGGAUAUUAUCACCAUCGACAUCAACUUCAGCAGCAUCAAGGCUAUGUCGCAAUGUCUCCAACAAAUGUUAUUCCUCAAACAAGAAAUGGUGUCACAGCUUCCGCUCAUCAUCAUCCUCCCCUUCCUCAUAAUCACCAUCAUAAUAAUAAUAAUAAUAAUAGCAAUAAUAAUCAGCAUUCGAAUGGACACGAACAACAUCCAUAUUUUCAAACGCCUUUCGCCGCAGUUCAAUCGGACACCAUAAAAUCACUUGAGGAUGAAAAUUUUAUGCUAAAGAGAAGAAUUGAAGAGUUGAAGAGCUCCAACGAGUUCCUCUUGAGCCAAAAUGCACAAUUGAGAUUAAGCAACACGCUGAGCGUAGGAACAAGUGUGGCCCAAGUGCAGCCGUUGUCCGUUUCAGCCGUGUCCGUCAGUGCGGCAGGACCCUCAGCUCAGCCAAGCAUCAUUGGAAUCACGAGCUCCUCACUGUCGGGGACACAACCACUCCCCACCAUCUCGAUCUCCACCCUCCCAACAGUCACACCCGUGUCCAUCAGUCAAACACAGAUACAAACGCAGACACAACCCCCAAUAUACUUGACGACUGCCCCUAAUUAACCAGUGAUACUAGCCAGUAGUAGUUGUUAGCCCCGAAAGAUUGUGGUGAAAAUAAUCAUAAUCAUUAAUUAUGCAAACAAAAAUUAUAUACAUUUUGCUAAAGCCUUUUUAUAAACCCGACGAAUGUUAUGCAGAAAGAAGCAUUCCUUAAUACUGAGAAGAUUGUUAAAAAUGUAUGUACAAAACAAAAGUUAAGCUAUUGGUUUAUGAGAUUGGUAAGUUUAUACAUACUAUGUACGUAUAUGAUACGUAUUACAUAGAGCAUGUUAUAGGUAUGUGUAUAUGGUUUUGUACAAGAAAUAUUGUGGCUAAAGAAAUCCUUCCUUCUUACUCAUCGAUUGAUGAAUAUUUUAGUUAUAUUUAGUUGGUCAUAAUAGUAGAUCAUGCAGCACUACAUAAAUGCUCGUUUAUGCGUUUAAAAAAAGUUAUAUCUGUUAUUAUACCGUAUUUAGUUCGUUAAUGAUAGUUAAUUGUCUUCGCUGUUAAUAUCAACGCCCGCUUACAAAUUACAAUAUUCUACUUAUAAGAAUUCUCCAAGUCAUAAAUAAUUUUAUAAAUCUAAAACUUGUAUAAUUUAUGCAAUGUUCCCUCGAAGGAAACUCUUUAAUAAAUAUGACGACGCUCUGCACGUGCGAAACAAAGAGAUAUAUAUCA